UGUGUGUGUGCGCGCGCGCGUGUGUGUGUAAUAUAUAUGUAUAACAUAUGAUAUAUAUUACGUAUAAAUUUUCUUAAAAAUUUGCAUCAUCUAUGAGAUUGUAAGAUAAUUAAAAAAACAUCGCGCAUUCUAUUUGAAAAAGUUAAAUUUACACUGAAGCUUUAGAAAAUGUGAAACUUAGAUGAAAUUCAUUUUAGACAUUCGACGCAGUGUAUUCAAUAAAAUAUCCUUCUCCCGAGACACUCUGUCAUAGUUUCAAAACUAGAAACAUUAUUUAUGCUAAAGUAUAUAUAUGUAUGUCGGAGAUGAUGUUUUCCCAACAUUCCGGACGGGAAAUCCCGAUGUUCUUUCAUCUCCGACAUGUACGUACAAUGACUUUUGUAUCACUCCUAGAAUCAUCACUAAUUUAAUAGUACAUAAAGGCAAUAAAAGUGCAAAAUUUUCGAGAUGCUUAAUUACAAUGUUCGACGCAUAUGAUUAGCCGUAAUUCAUUGAAAAUUACUUUUUAAAAAUUUUCAUCUAUAAUUUAUUUUAUUUAGGAUAUUAAUUUUAGCCGAUAAGCAAUUCAAUUUCUAUUGAUUUACGCUUUAGAAACGGGUUAGAUAGUCGUGACUGUACAUAUGACGCAAUAGGCUGAAAUUUAAAUACUACUAAGCGCAUAAUCUCAAAUUGUUACAUUAUUGUUAUCGCAACAUCCUUGCUCCAAAUUUUUCUCAAGAAGUGAAAUCUUUGUCUGUAUGUAAUUACAUUAUAAAAAAUUUCCAGUGAGUAGUAAUAAUAAGAUAUAUAUAUGUUUAAUAUUAAAAAUUAACGUUGUAAUUAUGUCUUAAAAAGAUAUGUCUUAGAUACAAAAAGCAGAUAUUAACGUCGCUAACAUUGCUAUAAUACUUAUUUUGUACCGAGACAAUUAUUUAAAUUAUAGAUAUAAUAUAAAUAAAAUACAAAUGUUAAAGGGGAAACAUUAUUUGAUGUAACUUUCAUGUAUGUAACUGUAAUAAUAGACAUAAAUUUUAUCUAUCCAAAUGAUAGAAAUUUAUAAUUAAUUAAUAUUUUAAUAGUACUGGUGAUUAUUCUGAUUUUCCUUGCAAAAAGGGACAAGGAAGGAGUGGUUAAAGGGGUGCGUAAAACGGUAAUAAAUGGUAUCGUUACACACAUGCAUAAGAUAGCAUGUAUGUAAAGAUCGUUGUUACAAACUACGUGGAACAUCUUUAGAGAUCCAUCACUUGUUGAGUGGGGAUGAGGUGAGAGUAUAAAAGGUGAAUUCCUUAUUUCCUUAGGAUCAUAAACGAUUGGAUGUAAUAGUACUCAUCUUCUUCAUUCAAAAGUGUUUCCUUUAUCAAGAUGAAAACAAUUGUAAUAGCGAUAGUUGUGGGAUUAGCAGCAGCGCAAGAUUCAAAUUACAAUGCUCGUAACAAUUACCACGAGGAUAGAUCGAAUCCUCCGACUGACGAAAGAAGGGGUCCAUUGACGACCACGCCUAUUCCAAUUUUACAUUGGAAUAAACAGCAAGAGCACGAUGGAACUUAUAAAGCUAGCUAUGAAACGGGAAACAAUAUUAUCGCUGAGGAGAGCGGUUACAUUAAGAAAGUAGGCGAAGGCGAGGAACAAGGAGAAGCGUUGGUCCAACAAGGAAGCUUCUCAUACACGAGUCCCGAAGGGAAGCUGAUCACCAUCCAUUAUACGGCCGACGAGACUGGCUUUCACGCGACCGGAGAUCACAUUCCCACGCCACCGCCAGUCAGCGAAGAGAUUCAGAAAGGCCUCGACCUCAUCUUUGCAGGCAUUCGUCAGCAAGAGGAAGCAGAUGCGCGUGAAGCAGCUCAAAAGGGGCAACAGCAACCUUUGAAUCAGCAAAUCGAACGGCGAGAUAAUUAUGAUAGAAAAUUUCGGAAAUGAAGUAAAUAAAAAAUAAAUAUUGUUGAGACACGUUCUACAUGUAGUAUAAAAACAAACGAUUAAGUCCUUAAAUUAAGACUAUUUUAAUAAAAUAAAUUUAAUAAUAUGUAAAUAUGUAAA